AUGCCGAAGGGCUCAAGGCAGUAUCACGGAAAGACGAAGAACGGGUGCCGACAGUGCAAAAAGCGUCGUGUCAAGUGCGACUGCGUUGGUCCCGUAUGCGCCAACUGUCGCCGUCGCCAAGAACACUGCAGCUAUCUCGGGCUACUCGCAGACGCCCUCAAUCGCGAAAAUGGAGAAAAGGCUAGCGAUACCUUGAGUAUGGUCCGCCGUGCCGCCACGGUUGCGGCGCACGCGUCUUCACGAGAUGCCCUCAGCGCUUCAUUACCUGCCGAGAAACUUCGCGCCGACGAGGCCGAGCUCAAACACCACUUCCUGAACGAGGCCUGGUUCACCUUUUCAUUACAGACCGAUCCUCGGAAGUGCGACGUGUGGUCGAGAUGGGUGCCGCAGCUGGCGUCACGCAACGUGUUCAUCCACCAGAGCAUGCUCUCUAUCGCGGCCCUACACUUAUGCUACCUCGAACCGCCAAACGCGAAGCGAUACUAUUCGAUGGCUUGCCAACACGCCAUACAAGCGAGCAACUAUUUCCGGCUAGCUGUUCCUCAGGUCACGGAGGAGAACUGGCUGGCUACCUUUGUGUUUUCCAUGUGCAACGGUAUCUUUGGGUACUACCGGCCGUUUGCCGACGAGAAGGUGAUGGGACAGGUCAGCACGUUUGAGCCCUGCAAAGCUCUCACAGUAAUGCGGAUAGCGGCCAGAUUCUCAGACACGGUCACGCCGCACGUCUUCAAGAGUCCUAUACGGGACAAGCUAGCACAAGUCGACGUAAAAGUAUGGCGCGACAGCAGCGACAUACUGCUACGGCCAACCAUACAGAAGAAAGCCAAGUUUGUUGAGUUUCUAUGCCUAGGCCCCGAAUCAACGGGGAUACCAGUCGAAGACAUCAAGAUAUACCUCGGUGCCCUCGGCGCACUCAAAUCCUGGAUCAUGUCUCUCCCCGGACGGCCGAGGAUAUGGAAGCACUUCAUCAUCUGGCCGUCGCUGGUGUCGGAGCAAUACCUCUCGCUUCUGAGGCUGAAGGAACCCGUGGCGCUCAUGAUCUUUGUCCUCUGGAUCGAAGUCAUGUUCCUCGCGCCGCGGCGAUGGUACCUCAUGCCCUGGUACGAUCGCGGGCACGCCAGCGCGAUAGCGGAGCUCAGCAAGCAGGGCGACACGCCCGCCCGCCGGUUCUGGGAUGCGCUGCAGUCGGAGGAUAGUCAGUCUGAUACCACGGGCGAGGAUUCCGAGGGCAGUGUGGGGUGGGCGAGUAGUCCGUCCAUUGCUAGGAGCGACGACGUCGGGGGGCGAAGAGGCGGAAUUGUCUUGCUGUCGACUGGAGAGGAGUAUGUUGGACAGGACAAAGGGUGUGGUGGUGGUAGCAGCGGGUAUAUGAGCAUUCCGGCAUUGGCGCAAAAGGCGAGCUGA